AUGAUGGGACACAAAUAUGUCAAGAGCGCGUGUUUGAACUGUAGAAGACGGAAGGUCAAGUGCGACGGCAAUGAGAUUUGCUCCAAUUGUAUAAACACCAAGCUCGAAUGCUCCUACAAUGCUGAUGGAGACAUGAGAAGACAAUCAGCCAAGAAGGCAAUCGUCAACCUUGAAGCGCGCAUCGCUCAGCUCGAAGGUGUCCUACGAGAACACAAUAUUGAUCAGCCCCAACCGUCACCGGAAUCACCAACCAGAUAUACAACCGCCUCCAAACCUCGAUCGACCGUAUCGGAGGCACAUUCAGGGACCGAUACCGACCAGAACCAGACCGAAAGGCGUCGACCUGGAAAGAAAACCUCUUCUGCACGAGUGGAGAGUCCUUCGACACACUUCAUUAAUACUGGAUCUUUUCAACCCUUGGAGGCACCAGAGAUUGCUCAAAGCUCCCAGGUAAAUCGGGAUUUAGCUGCAGAUCUACCGAACACCGAAGACCACUUCGUCAUGGUUGGCACUUCGAGUAUCCCGAGUCCCCAGUCGACAAGUCUCGCACAAAGCGGAGUUCAUGAGUCAGAAGAUGGAGAUAGUAGCAUCACAGACAUUCUAUCAGCACGAAUGGGUGCGCUCAGGAUUGUAGAGGACGGACAGCUUCGAUACUACGGACCGACGUCGAACCUUCACAUGUAUGCAGACGGACUUCAAUCAUUGUCGAGCCCAUCGUUUCGCCGAGUAUCGAUUGAAGGAAUGGAUGUUCUUCGGCGACUCGGAUUGGACCUGGACGUGUCACUGGACCUCGAAACCCAUCUGGCAGGGCUCUACUUUGCCUGGGAAGAUCCGGCAAUUCACGUCGUUGAUGAAGAUGUCUUUUUCGCUGAGAAGAGACGCUGUCUAUUGCAGGAAACAAGCAGUCCCUACUAUUCCGAAACACUCAACAAUGCAAUAUGCGCCAUGGGAGCUUGUCUAGCCAACGGCGAAAAGCUAAAAAUCCCCGAACCCGCCGCAGAGUUCUUCUCUGCUCGAGCAAAAGCACUUUUGGACGUCGAGAUGGACAGCCCUACUGUGGCGACAGUUCAGGCACUUGUAAUAAUGAGUGCUACUGAAGCUGCCUCUACUCGAGAUGCUCGUGGCUGGCUCUACAGUGGCAAGUCCAGUAUGUGGAAUCUAUACGCUGGCCGACCAUGGGGACUGGGGGUUCAAAACAUUACAAUCCCAAUGCCAGAGAUUGAGACAAGCGAUAGCAACUGUAAAGAAUGGAAGUCUUAUCCACCUUCUGUCUGGCAGGCAAAUGACCAGGAGGAUACUGUUUUAUUCCCCGUUGGCGCUUGCACAGCAGCCAAUGUCCAACUCUGCGAGUACAUGCGGCAGAUCAACACCACUCUAUAUGCUGGACGGAUGCUGGGGCUGACCGACCUGGUCGACUUUCUUCUCAACACCAAGCAGGACAUGACCAACUGGCAUGAAGGCUUAUCCUCGUUGAUUGACGUGAAUCACGCGAGUACUAAUAAGAUCUAUCAUCCUGCUGUAUUACAACUCCAGUAUGACACUCUUCCUAGAAAGUUCACCCAUAUGUUCGACAAAGCAGAAAGCAGAGCAGCCAUGUCGAGCGUGCCCAGUGAUUGCGUCGCGGCAGCCCACCAAGUAGCAGAGCUCCUCCGAUGCUACCAACAACAGCACUCUUUUCGGCGAGCAAAUGUUCAGAUUGUCCACAUUAUCCUCACCGCUUCUCUUAUAUUCAUACACGACGUCUGUACCCGUAACUACAGUGAGUCCCGGCAUUCUCUAAACGACCUACAGCUUUGCUGUCAUUCGCUUGGGGAAAUCGGUCGCUGCUUCGGAAAUGCAACCCGAGCUUUGGAAGUCAUCAUUCUCGUUAAGAGUGAAUGGCAGAGAAUAGCAACUGCUCGACGAGUACAAAAGGCAGGAACCAAACGGCAGAGCUUUAGCAUGUCCAAAGGCGCUGAUGAGCGUGACGAUAACAAUGACGGGGGAAGACCAAGGCAAAGAUAUUGCACCUUGGAUCGAGCCAGUUCCAUUUUCCAGGCAUCUGAUAUAGGCACACGUUCUGGCUUGGUGAACGAUCAUACUGGUUUCCCCCAACAAAGACCGUUGGAUCUUGACGGGAUGAACCUAGACGAGUUCAAUUUGGAGAGCCAAUAUCAAGACAUGUGGGCUUUCUCAGCUGAGCACGAGUUUGAUCUUCAAGAGGCCAUUCCGCCUAUCGAUUGGUUCAACAAUCAGCUGCUUGAGGGGUCUCACAUAUCAAUAACGAAUAUGAUGAGUCAAACAAUGUCCAACCAUCGGGAACGUAACUCCGUUACAGGGGACUUGGCAUGCACUUUGCAGGGAAAUUCAAUAAAUAUGAAGGAUUAUUUCAUCCGAUUGGCGGGUGAAGACCUGUCAUUCAAACAUUAUUCCCCGGACUUGAGCCAGGGCACAGACAGCUACCUGUCCUUCCAGCUGUUGAGUAAUGCAGUGGAAUCACCAGAUCUACCACCUGAUUGUAUCCAAGUCCAAGCAACUUCUGCCACCAGAGAUUGUGGUUCGACUGUCCCAGACACAGCAAGUCCUAUUGACAGUCAUUCGGUGCAUUCAAAUUACCCUUCAACACAAAGCUCCGAUGACCAAGCACACAUUGGAAGCGACUUUCAGCCUCCAGCUGGCGCCAUUGAUAUAGACCAGGCUCAGAGUACCCACGAAAGCACUGGCACACCUCUAGUCCUCACAGGCGAUUGCUGGGACAGAGUAGAAAUCGAUCACAAUGCCGUGCAUGAUGCCGUCAGUCUCGGUUCCGAGGGAUGCUUCGAUAUUCCGGUGGAACCUGUUAUGAGACGAUUCAUCAGUCAUUACUUUCUCUACGUUCAUCCUCUGUUACCAAUGCUGGACGAGGGCGACUUCUGGGAUCUUCAGUCUGAUUCUAAUCCUGCAAAUUACCGAAACAAUUGCCCAGACAUUCUUCUUAUACAAGCAAUGCUAUUUGCUGCCUGUCAGUUUGUGUCUGAAGAAGAAGUAAAAGCCUUGGGCUUUCGGGGCCUUCGCCAAGCAAAAGCAUGUUUCUACAAACGCGCAAAGAUGCACACCGACCACAUUCUAAUGGCACAGGCUGCACUUUUACUGACUUACUGGAGCUCUUCACUCAACUCGAGUGAGAAGCAACCAAACAGCAUUUGGCUUGGCCGUGCCAUCAGUCAUGCAAAAGCACUGGGAGCAGACAAGUGCGCAGAUGUACCCAAAGGUGUUGGGCAAGCAUCUUCCCAACAGCGAUUACAUGAUAACAGAUUAAGAAGAAUCUGGUGGUGUUGCAUCAUCCGGGAUCGAAUCAUCUCCCUUUGCGUUCGUCGACACCUACAGAUCUCACGGGACCAUCUCGACAAUCAUGCAACCACGACUAUCUCGUACGAUACCCUUUCAGGCGAGAACGACCGGUCUCAUGUUUAUGACGUCGACACUAAAAGCUCUCUAAUUACUCUCAUGCUUACGAUGACAGACCUGUGUCUCUGUCUUUCCGAUAUCUUGACAGUAGUACAUCCAGCCAAGGACUUCACUGUGUCUGAUGCCCGCGACUCAACUAGGAGAAUAUUACAGAUUUAUGAAUGCAAAAAAGGCUUGGAGAACUGGUGCGCCAAGGCUGUAGCGUCCUCAUCAAUAAUGGCCAUUACUGAGCAUGAUGGGCGUCAAGUCGACAUGCCAAAGAGCUCUGUCUUGAUGUUCGCCAAUAUGAUAUGGAUAUACUAUCAUUCUGCCCGCGUCACUCUUUGCAACUUCGAGUUGUUACUAGGCAUGACUACCCAUUCACUCGUCUCAUACGAGAGCACACAGCUCCAAGUAGCAACCAUUGAGAGAGUGCAGAUUGGGCUGUGGGACGCAGCGACACAUAUUACCAACCGACUUGAACAGCUUCUCGAUCUUGGAUUAGCACGAUAUCUACCGAGCAGCGCAGUGUCAUGUACGGCACUUCCACUGGCGCUACAUAUACUCGACGCAAAACUAUCACCCGCAGGAGUUCUCCGAGAAUCAAAAGACGAGCAGUCCAGAAGACUCAAGAGACAAAACCAGUUGAACAUCCUUGUUUCCGCGAUGAUAGAGUACCAGCCAAGAUAUGAAGGGGUUGAUUGGGUCACAAGAGCGAUCCGAUUCUUCUCCUUGUUUAUGAAUCUCGGGGCUACUUGCACACUCUCGAUCAUUGAUACGACAUGCUAUCUCACAGUUCCAGCAGAUACGUUGGUUGAACCUACGAUACCAGGACACGAACUGAUGAACUUCCCCACGUUCUCAUUCCUCAUCAACCACGACACAACAGGAAAGCAGCUACUCUUCGACCUGGGAUGUCGAAAGGACUUUUGGAAUUUGCCAGACCCCAUCGCAAAGACCAUCGAUAAGAGAGUCCCCGGGAUCAAGGUCGAUAACAACCUAGCCGAUAUUUUACGAGAAGGUGGCCUUGACCUUUCAAAGAUUGACGCAGCAAUUGUCAGCCACCACCACUACGAUCACCUAGGGGACCCAAGUACAUUCCCAGAGACCAUGGAUCUCAUCGUCGGUCCUGGCUUCUCCCAACAUUUCCUUCCUGGCUACCCAGCAAACCCCAAUUCACCAGUCCAUGAGUCAGCCUUCAAAAACCGUGAGGUCAGAGAGAUAGACUUUGAUCAACAUCUCCGUGUUGCUGGAUAUCAGGCUAUGGACUACUUUGGUGAUGGAAGUUUGUUCCUUCUCAACACUCCAGGCCACGCCAUUGGUCAUCUUUCUUCCCUGGUCAGAACGACUGGCGACACAUUCGUGUUUCUUGGAGGAGACAUAUGUCACUUUGGAGGGGCUUUUAGACCAACUGAGAAGACUCAAAUGCCGAGAGAGCUCACAAGAGACGAGGUUGGCCUGCCCUCUUCUGCACCAGAGGUUGUAUCAUGCCAGCAAUACUUAUUAUGCCAUCCAAACCCGGCUGAGGCUAGCUCUACUCCAUACUACCAACCAUGCAGCCAUGCCGACUCUUGGUACGUCGAUCCGUCUGAGGCACAUAAGAGCGUAAGCACCCUCAUGUCUUUAGAUGCGAUCGAUAAGGUGUUGGUCCUGAUCGCGCAUGACCCAUCCAUCGUGGGAGUCCUCCCAAUGUUUCCUGCCGCGACUCUCAAUGGAUGGUAUGAGCUCGGAUGGAAAAGACUACUGCGGUGGAGGUUCCUGGAUCAGCUUCCAAUAGACGGUCAGCCUAGACCGUAUCUUGUUGAUGGGACUUAUGUAGAUGGAAGACGUGUGAAGACACUGGGUGGAACCAAAAUUUAG